AUUUUCCAAUUUGACAUUUGAGCAUAACCUUAAAAUACAAUAACGUACCUUUGUCGUGAUCGUCAAAUUUCCAACAACCUUUACUCAUUUUCAAGUCGAAUUUUUCCGAAAGACAGCAUUAAAGUAACGGUUUGGUUGCUGGAAGUACGUCAUAACGAUUUGAGGCGCCACUGCGGCCGGCAGUAAUAGUAGGAGUUCAGCACAAUAUCAUCUGGUAUUACCAAUCUUGUAUGAGAUGUUUCCAUCAGAGAGCGACACAGUGUAACUUUUUGAAAAUUUCCAACCGUAAGUGGAGUGUAUUGUAUAAAAGUUGCUGUUUUUGCAUGUAAUUUGGUAUAUUUAUGUGAAACAAUAAUUGAAUUUCAUGGGCUACAGUGUUAUUUACGAAACACUUUGAGGAUUUAAAUGCAUAAUGUGCGACUUGAUAGAUUUCAACAGUCCAAGUACACAAAAUUCCAUUAGAUCUAAACUUGCUUCGCCUUUAAUACCGUCUCCAGAAACUCCUACUACUUCUGCCAAUAGUACUCCAAAUACUGUUGUUCGUCCAAGUUCUUCUCGCAAUGGAAAACGUAGCAAAUGGAAUGAUAAUCCCUUUGACUUGGCUUUGCACAAUAUGAUGGAAUAUGCAAGUAAGAAAGAGGAUCCAUUUGAAGUAGUAUUUGAAAAGGCACUGAAAUGUAAAAAUCAGUGUAAUAUGCCAAAGACUUGCAUAGAAUUUAAGGAUGAUUUUACAUUGACACGUAAAAAGCCUUUUGAGAUCCCGAAAAUGAACAAGACUCUGGAUGAAUCAUCGAUGAAUAUUCAUUUAAAUACAUCAUCUUACACAAAAGAUCCUGUUCUAAAUAUGAUUGAAGAUGACAGUAUAAUUCAAGAUCUAAACAAUACAAAUUUACUAAGUGAUACUUGUAAAAAUAAAGAAGAUUGUGUGUCAAUGAAAGACAAUACAAUGCCAAAUAUAAAAGUUGAGCCAUCAAGUCCUUUGGAAACAUCAAUUCUGAGUCAAUCAUUACUGAAUGACACUUUAUCAGAAAUUAGUCUAAAUUCACUGGAACAGAAAAAUACAUUAAGCAGUUCAAUCUAUGCUCAAACAAAAAAUGUAGGCACAACAAAGCUUUCGUCCAAUGAGGUAUUUAAAUUUUCAAAACAUCAUCGUUCUCUCUCAGCGAAAGAAACAAAAUCACCUAAGAAUCUGAUACAGUACAGCGUUAGGUCACACUCUACAGCAGAAAUUUUAAAACUUCGUGCGUCUGAGACAAGCUCAGUGUCUAGCUUACCUUCAGUUCUUUUUGAUGACUCUAUGAAUAAAGCAUUCUUGGAACCAAGGAUCAGUAGCAGCUCUUUUCAAACUGACAUUUCAAAUAUUUCCAAUACAUCGAAAUUAAAUUCUACUUCAAGAUAUGAUUAUUCAUCAUCUAUUUUUUCCGAUGGUUCUAUGAACCGCGCAUUUGUCGAUAGCUGUUCAUCUGCCAAGUGCAGCAAGGGGUUUGAUUUUAGUUCACCAGCUCUUCGUCGAUUAAAAUCUGCGAGUUCUCUAAAUACAGCUAAUAACACCAGUUCCGCAUCAAACUCGUCCGACAUGAGUCAUUUAGUAAGCACAUUGCAAAGGAUUCGGAUAAACUCAACAAAUAUCCCAACAUCACCAAUUGAAACUGUAAGAAGCGACGUUAAUGAAAUGAAUUGUAUAUCGGAUAAAAUAGAUCAAGAUAUUAUUAAUCCAACGGUAUCAGCAAAUCAGCCGGAAAUGGAAAGCAAAUUAUUAGAUAUAGAUGUUUUCCAUCCUGAGAUGGAGAACCAUGCUGAGAGAAAUGCUAAAAAUUCAACAUCUUCUUUAAGCUCGACCGAUUCUGUGUUUGCAGUAAAUAGUAAGCUAGCUACAUCUAUAAUCGAAGAAGCUAAUGCUCUUGCAAAGCUGUUUGGGGAGUUAGCAUAUAAAUCGGAAUCCACCAUUUCCAGUUCGGAUGAUCUGGUAAAUAGUCGACCACGAUGGAAUUUCGACGAGUUGCCACCCUCGGAUGAUGAACAAGAUGUGGAAAAUCUAAUCGAAUUGCCCGUUUCACCUUCAAAUCCUGAAUCUAUAAUGGAUGAACGAUCCGAACUAGAAAUCAUUAAAGAGAAUAAGCUGCUUGAUUUAAAUGACGUGAAAAAAAAAACAGAAGUUAUGAAUGAAUUAGAGAAGGGAUUUAUUAAUCCCACAACUUCUGACAACAAAAUUAUGGCGGCUACAUUACUGUUUGAUCUCGAAAAGUUGGUCAAGUUGGAAAAUAAUCUAGAGGCUGCGACAUUGUUACAUAAUUUAGAAAAAGCCUUGGGUGUUAAAUGCGAAAAUAAUGUUGAAUUACUAACGGCGUGUUUAGAAAACACAAAUGAUUUGGGAAAAAGCCCUAAGAAAUUCAACAGUGGGAAAGCUAUUGAUAAUAUACAAGCUGAAAACAUCGAGAAAAGUCAUGAAGAUAAUACAAAUAUUGAUAAACCGCUAAAUACAUUAGAAUUGAAUGAUUCAGCAUGCAAAGAUUUGGCUAAUAAUUUUAAUACAGAUGAGGGAGUGAAUAAGGCUGAAAAAAUGUUGGGGAUAACGCAGAAUGCAUUAGGCGAGAUCGUACCAAUGACAGAAGAAAUUGGAGAAACAUCGGAUACGGUAUUCGAUGAUUCUAUUCUUCUGGAGAAAGAGAAAAAUCAUGCACUGUCCGAACAGAAAAUAGCAGCAGAGCUGCUUAUCAGUAUAGGGAAGGCAUUGAGUGGAGAAAACAAAGAUCAGUCAAGUAUAAAUUUACUGGCGAGUGUUGGCAAAAUUUUAAAUGUUUCAUCAAGUUAUUUGAAUUCCGAAAGAUCGCGACAAAAUAAUUCUGAGGAAGGGGAGAAAAAAACACCCACAAAAAAGACUGUCAUUAAGUCAAAAGUGCAAUAUCCCUCCAAUUUAUCGAAAUCUAUGAAUAGAAGGAGCUUAGAAUCAUCAUCAAAGGAACAUUCUGCGAAUGAAAAGUUGCCCAGAAGAAGUUUGUCUGGCAGUCGCGCAAGCGGAACUUACGGUACUUCAGUUUCAAUAGAGAAAACAAAAUCUCUACCAAGAGAUAUGAAAAAGCAGUUUUCCAGUGACUCUGAUAUAACGAAUAGAAGAAGCACGUUAAAAGAUGUUAAAGUGAAGCCGGUGGCAGUGCCAGAUAUACGAAGGGAAAAGGCUCCGACUCUUGUCAAUACGGUGAAGAAUAAACUUAGAAAGAAAUCAGACGCAGAUGUAAUUAAGAAAGGACCAAUGAAAGCAAUUGUUCCUUUAGGCAACAUGCAGAGACGAGGAAGCUUAGGAAAAAGAGUUGCUCCAUCAUUGGGCUCGAUUACUCCACCAAAACUUGGAUUUACUACUCCUUCUGCUUUCACUGUAACCAACAGUACUCCCAAUUCAAGUUUUAAUAUUCCUGUUGUGAAAAAGUCUCCAAAAGCUAAACCUGUUGCCUCAUCAACUCCAGAUGCAGAUGUAUCCAAGGCACGAAGAAUUGUUUCACAAUUAUCUCAAACUGGCAUGAAGCGUAAUGUUUCAUGCAAUAUAUCUCCAGUAAUACCUGAUACUAAUACUAAUAAUGCAACUACUACAUCAAAGGGUAGUCCUAGAGUAGCUAGACAUAAUAAAACGUUGUCUCCGCAAAAGGGACAGUCUCCGAGAUCUGGUCACGUACAUAAUAAGACCGAAUGCAGUAUUCCAAAAUAUUCACCAUUAGUAGGGCUUGCGAGGAAGAAUUCUUUCAGCGAAUCGGCACGAGAUCAGGAUCGUUUUGGAUCUCCAAAGAGUUCGCUGACAAAGUCUUGUUUACCGUUGAGUAAACGGAAGAGCGAGAGUGAAUUACUGCAGAGCAAUCCCUUGAAGAAUAACAAUAAACAGUGCACAAAAAUUAAACCAUUAAACUUGUUCUCGAAACUACAUCGACGUAGUGGUACAACGGCCGAGAAGGAAAAUCAAUCUUAAUUAUUAAUUAUUAAAGCAUCAUUCCAUUUUAAGCAGCUUCAUAUUAUUUCACGCUUAACAUUGUUUCAAGCUGCAAAUUUGAGAUAUUUUGUUCGUCAUAAUGUAUUGCAUAGGGUAUCUGAUAAAUUUUCUAUAAUUUUUAUACGAGUCGUAUUUUGUACUUUUUGCAAUAAAAUAUUUUACGAGAUACAA